AUGAUGAGUUCGAUGAUAUUCUCCACAGUCCGUGGGAUAGGAUCAUUACUAAAAUCAGAAACUUGCAAUUCACCAAGUGAUGAAGCCAAUGGUGACAAAAAGGUAUUAUCAGUGGCUUGGAACCAGGAUUGGAGCGGUUUCAUGGUCGGAACAAACCAAGGGUUUAGCGUAUAUACCUGCAACCCAAUCAAUGAACGCAUCAGCCGCGAUACGCACAAAUCUGGCUUCAAGAUCGCCGAGAUGCUCUUCCUCUCUAACCUCUUCGCCAUUGUUGGCAACGGUUAUAACCAUUCCGAGUAUCCUCCUAAUAAAGUCUUCAUUUGGGACGAUCAUAGUAAGAGCUGCUUCUGCGAGCUCGCUUUCAAAUCAGAGGUUAUCUCCGUGAAACUCAGGAGAAAACACAUUGUGGUCGUCCUGAGAAAAACCGUCUAUGUCUACAGCUUCAGUGACCUAAAGGUUCACUGUCUGAUGGAAACCGCUGUGAACCCCAAAGGGCUCUGUUGCGUCUCUCAGGUAGAGGCGAAAGCAGUCUUGGCUUGCCCCGGGCGUCACCAGGGGCAAGUUCAGGUCCAUGACUUGAGACGGAAUACAGUCAAAUACAUCAAAGCACAUGAUUCUCACAUUGCUUGCAUGAGUCUGACACUCGAUGGAAGUUUGCUCGCUACUGCUAGCACCAAAGGAACUCUGAUCAGGAUCUUUAACGCCCUUGAUGGUACUCUCUUACAAGAGUUUCGGAGAGGAAUUGUGAGAGCGGAGAUAUAUAGCGUUGCAAUCUCUACGAAUCAUAAAUGGGUCGCUGUGUCAAGUGAAAAAGGGACUCUCCAUGUAUUUCGUUUGAGACCUGACAUUCUCAGUUCACCGAAAAACAUCAAUCAGGCCUCGUCAUUGUCAUUAUUAAGAGGGAUCUUGCCAAAGUAUUCGUACGAAAAUGAACGAUCGUUUGCUCAGUUCUCGUUGCCGGUUUCCACCAAGUUCACUGUAGGUUUUGGUCCGGAGAACACAGUUCUUCUCGUGGGCAUCGAUGGAAGUUACCGAAGAUGCAGGUUUGAUGGAGAAGGAGGGCAGAUGGUGGAGUUGGAACACAAACAAUUCUUCUCCUUACAACAAGCAGACAACGACACAAUGGUUGUGAACUUGUGA